UGCUCGCCGGGAGCGCGGAAGCGGCGUGCGUGCCGGUGGGCCGCGGGCUGCUGCGGGCCUAGGGGCGCUCCCGGGGGUCCGAGGCGGGCGCGGGGCCGCGGCCAUGCUGCUCUUCUGCCCGAGCUGCGGGAACGGACUCAUCGUGGAGGAGGGCCAGCGCUGCCACCGCUUCGCCUGCAAUACCUGCCCCUACGUGCACAAUAUCACCCGUAAGGUAACCAAUCGGAAGUACCCAAAGCUGAAGGAAGUGGAUGAUGUCCUUGGGGGCGCUGCUGCUUGGGAGAAUGUGGACUCAACUGCAGAGCCAUGUCCAAAAUGUGAACACCCUCGAGCCUAUUUCAUGCAACUUCAGACCCGAUCUGCGGACGAGCCUAUGACCACCUUCUACAAGUGCUGCAAUGCUCAGUGUGGGCAUCGCUGGAGGGACUAGGAAGGACUAUGCAUGGCAGUUUGCAGCUGUGUCUGGGCUCUUUGCCUGGAGGGUCCCUUUCAGUAAGGUCUGCCAGCUCCUCAGGAAGUGUAGCACAUAAGCCAGUCAGCACAGAAACUCCUUGCUGUCCAGGAACAUCUGUGUUCUGAUAGGAGCACCUCAGCUGAGGACGCUGGUGGGUCCUGGUCUCCACUUUUAUGUUUAUUGGGCAAGUGACAUUCUUUUAUUAUUAAUCAACAUUCUUACUGUAUUUCAGCUGUUUGCAACACUAAUAGAAUAACUUUGUUUGGUGCAUUAGUUUUCCUAAGUGUUCUGUUAAUUGCAACUUAGUUUGUCAAAAUUUAUAUGGAAUUUUAAAUUAAUAGGAAAUGUCCUGGGGCUGGAGUGAUAGUAUGGCAGGUAGGGUGUUUGCUUUGAUCUCCUUCACCCCAUAGGGUCCUCCACGCCCACCAGGAGUGAUCCCUGAGUACAGAUCCAGGAGUAAGUGAGUAAGCCCUAAGCACUGCUAGGUUUGUCUCAAAAGAGGGGAAAGAAAAGGAAAGAAAAGGAAAAGUUUAGAGGCAGGAUGAAGUUCUCUGUCACAGCACAUGUCCCCCUUCUCUUGCACCAGAAAUAAAAAAGAAGGAAAAAAAGUCUCAUGAUGCCAAUUAAGUGUUUUAAAUGCCUUACCUAUACUUUGGGAAAAAUGAGAGUGUUCUGAGUUCUGUGAGGUUCUUUAGCAUGUAAAAAAGAACACCCAGAGGGGCUGGAGUGAUUGCAUAGCAGGUAGGGCAUUUGCCUUGCACGUGGCCGACCCGGGUUUGAAUCCCAGCAUCCCAUAUGGUCCCCUGCGCACCGCUAGGGGUGGUUCCUGAGUGCACAGCCAGGAGUAAUCCCUGUGCAUUGCCGGCUGUGGCCCAAAAAGCAAAAAAAAAAAAAAAAAAAAAAGAA